UUUAUUUUAUCCUCAAAUGGGGCAAAAAACGGUGAAAGUAAUCGUACGAAACCAGAGGGCAGCACAGGAUGCGACCGCGCGAUCCUGCUCGUGAGCAAUCUACCAACUUAUCUCUGGUAACAGUUCGCCGCCUCCAUGUGAGAUGGCGCCACGUUGGCGGCCAUUUUGAAUCGGCGCGGUGCACCGCCGUACAGUGUCGCCGCGUCUCCCGCGUUCGGCGUUCGGUUCGGUUCAGUUCGCCGUCGCCCCUUGCUUCGUUGAGUUCGUUUUUCGGCGGUUGCGCGUGCGAAAGCCGUCGUCGUGCGCCUGGCGAUUCGUACAUACCCGAGGCACACGAGCGAAGGUGGAGGAGGGUCGCAAGAGACGCGCAUGUAUCGCGCGGUGCAUCGGACGCUGGUAGCGGCGUCGGCGCCUUUUCGCGCAGCGUCCGAAAAGUCUGGCUCGAGGCCGCCCGGUAGCGGCAGUCCAUCCGUCCAGAAGUCUAGGUUAUCCCUCGGGACGUUCCGAGGGUGCUAAUCCAUAAAGCCGCCGGUACGGUCCUCGAGGACGAGACGAGGUCACAAUUCCUCAGGAACGUAUCGAUCGACACGAGGGACGAUUCAACCAGGACCAAGCAACGCUUGACCCGAUCUCCCGACCACUGACCGACUGAGAUGAAAGCCGACUCAUGAGUAAGACGACGGACGAAAGGCCUGAUAUGGAGACCCCGGAGGAUAAGAGCAAUCUGAAGGUCUCGUCGGGCCAGAACGUGGCCAGGCAGGACUCCGGGGUGCCCGAGGACCUGGCCUCUCCCACGGGAGAGUCGAAGCGGCUUAACGAGGAGGAUCCCGAUGGCACGAUCAACAGCGACUGCAAUAUCACGGUAAUCCACGUCCCGGCUGAUCCCGCGGACCGCAAGGACGACUCCGCAGAUAGGAAGGACCUCGCCGAGGGCAAGGACAGCAAGGAUGGGAGCGACAGCGGGGUCGAGGGAUGCGCCGCAGAAGUUCCUAGGGUUCGGAGUCGAAAUGGCUUGGACUAUGCAAGCAGUUGCGGCGGCCUGGACGAAGCAUCCUGCGACUCGAGUCUAGUCAGCUGUUGUUCCGUUUACGAGGACCCUUGCGCCAUUCUUCCGGAUGAUUUACGGUUAACGACGGGAGGAGAAGGUACCAGCGAAGGCGGCAGCGAGAGCUCCUCCAUCGCAGGGAGCGUGUCCGCUCGAGCAAGUCGGACGAACGUCAAAAGGUCCGCCAUAGCGUCGAGCUCGGGCAAGAAAAAGGCUUGCUCCACUUCGGAACCGCAAAAGUCGACUCGGGCGAAGCCUGCACCUGCGAAUGCAGCUUACACGCAGGUGACACCGAGAUCGAAGCCGCGGACCGCGGCUCCCAGAGCGAUCCUGAACAAGGCCCAGCCCACGCCGAAGGACAGAGCCAGGUCCAGGGAGAAAUCCCUGGCCAGGGAAGGAUCCUGCGAGACGCCUGCGACCAGCACGGCAAGGAGUAACAACGCAUUUAGGUCAGGAUCGAAUCCCGGCUUGCCCAGGACGAGGACCAGGCCGAUACCGGACACGUUGCCCUCCGUGCUGACCACAGAAAUCAACAAGGAUCUGGCCCAGAGAGGACGAGGCACCAGCACGUCCAGGUCGCGAGGAGGUGCGAACACCCCGGCUCGGACUCCAGGGUCGACUCCGUCCGAAGAGGCCAGGAAGCCUCUGUCUACUCCGAGGAACCUGUACUCCGGGAGGGUGGACCUGAAGAGCACCCGCGGCGACAGAAUGGCCAUCAGCUUGGACAACAAGGCCCUGGAUGCUUAUGCCACUCUUCCCCGCAGGAAUCGGAACAAGUUCACCGUCCCCAAGACCGCCGAAAAACCCGACAAACUCGCCAGGAGCCGAUCCGGCAGCAGGGACGCGAGCAUCGGCAAGAAGUCCAGCUCUUCCAGGGAGUCCUCGUCCGUUUACAAGAGCCUGCCGCCCUAUCCCAGGACGAAAAACGUCGAGAGGACCAGGAUUUAUCACGAGACCUGCGUGCAGACCGGAUUGACCGGUCAUGAUAUCGAGAAUGCAUUGGCAGGGGUCGUGACGAGCAUCCCCGACUCCGAGAUCGUCGAGAGGCUUCAACAGGAAUCCCAGACGCAGGAUUCAUGGCCCGACGUCCAGGCGAUGCAGCAGGAGCUCAAACGGGUUACCGAGGAGGCGCAGAUAAGGAAAAAGGAGAACGAGAAGCUCAAGGUCGAGGUUGCCGAGGUCCGGAGACUUUUGGAAGAGGAGCAGGCUGAUCACGCGUUUGCGAGGCAGGAGCUCGACAGAAAUGCUCAGAGGGUCUUGGCGAUGCUGGGAACUCCGCAAUCCGAACGACCUGAUAAUAACGACAGUUUCCUUGAACUCGAGAGCCAUUUACAGUCCUCUGGGCAGGUGGUCGCAAAUCAGCAGGUCGAGAUCGCGGAUUUACAGUCUCUCUGUCGUAUGCUCAGCAGGGAUCUUGAGAAAAGUUUAGCAGCUCAGAAGACCCUUCUUCAGCAACAGCAGGAGCUGGAGGCAGAGUCAACGGAGAUGCAGGACUUCCUCCAGGAGGAAAAGGCCACAAUGGCCGAAGCUCUUAAGGAAGCUGAGGUGGAGAUUAAACGUAAGGAGGAGCUGUUGCUUCAGAAGGAAGCCGACUUGGAGAGGCAGACCGAGGAGUGUAAACAUCUCGUCCGAAUCAGCGAGCAGAGGAGGCAAGAAAAUCUGUCGGUGAGCAUGAAACUUAAUGCGGUCGAACGGAGAAGUAGGGAAUUGCUGCUCACCCAAGGAGCUGCGGUGUCAGGUGCAGCUGUUGCUCUUUCUGGUCUUGGAACUCGACUCGAGGGACUGGUAGACCAACUCGUCAGGUCUUACAACAUUUCGGAAAAAGAUCUCGAGGAUGUGGUUUAUCAUAACGAGGCGUACAGUCGAAGUAACAGCAGCGUCGAAUCCAGUCCUGUCAGCUCAAAGCACAGCUUGAAGGAAUGCACACCAAGUCCUAAAAGAGGAUCCUUCGUGUCCGCCGUUAUCGGAGCUAUCAGAAAUGGGGCCACUCAUCCAUUCGCAGCUAGGUACGCCGAUAAAAAGUCCUGCCUGGAUACACAGAAACAGAUGUACAAAGAACCGAGCUUGGAGUCGUCCUCCGAUUUACUCGAUUUUGAGACCGAACCGUGCCUGAUGAUGGAGAGCGUACUCGAGGACGUACCUUUGCCUGAUACUUAUUCCCAUAAUAUGGUAUCGAGUAGCGACUCCAUUCGUCGAGCUUUGAGCGUGCCCGAAUCGGUAGAUGAGAGCGCGAUCAGAAUAGGCAGAUAUACGGAUGAAUGUUCUAGUCUGACGAAUCUCUCGCAAGCCAUAUUGCACAGGCGCAAAGUUGAAGAUGAGGAAGAUGAAGACUGCGAGACUGCAAGUGAAUCCGAUGCGUGUGUUACGGAUGGUCCUGUCCCAUUGACCGAUUACUGUCCUGCAGUGAGCCUCGUCGAUCAAGUGAUCGACGUGGACAAUUUUGUAACUAAACUUUUGAAGGUCCUUCGCAUAAUCCAGCUGGAUAACGACACGUGCAUUCAGGAAUUGAAGGAGGAAAAGUCUGAGCUGGAGGCAAAAUUGGAGAGGAGUGCGGCUAAAUUAGAGGAGCUGCGAAAUUUGGCGGAGAAGUACUCGGCCGAGGAAGUUGUAUGUAACAUAUCGGAGCAACGGAACAGUUUGCUUGGGAACUGCCGGCAGUUGGUGACGGAGGCGAGCCAAGAAGAAGCGAACCUCGAUGGGUCCGUUUCUCCGAACGAGAGCGUUGUCGAUGAAACCCGAGAAGAGGACCACAACGCGAACGCCGCUCUCCUUUUAGCUUCCUGAAUAAAUUAGUAUAUAAAAAGCGUUUUCAAUUGUCGCGGUUUUGCCGUAAAGCCGAACGAUGUAUUAAGGGUCAAUUGUCAGGGACGAAUUACGAGGCCACGACGUAGUGGAGAUGAUUUUAAGGAAAACUCGAAAGCGCUCUAGACUGCAUUUUACGCAUCGCCGUAUCGAAGUCUAUACAAAUGUGGUUGUCCUUUUCUUUUUUCCGUUAACUUAUCGAGAUGUAAAAUAGCACGAAAAAUCGUGCACCUAGGAUGUACCGCUAUACUUCCACGAGAAUAAUUGAAACUAACGAUUAGAUACUGUAAUUGUGAGAUUACGAUCAUUAGGCCAAUGAUGUUACUGUGAAUUUUAGGAAAGUAUUACUUAAUUCUCAUCUCGAUGGAGAAUGAAUCAUUUAAGUAUUACGAUUAGGCAUGACUCCCCCUGUUCUAGAGUUAGCGAUGUAACUAUGCGGCGAUGCGAUUAGAUUAACGAUUAAUUAAGAGGUUAAUAAAUCGUGUAAGUAAAUUCCUAGGGAAGUCGUCGGGCGGACCUGUGAAAGGUAUACCGUAAUAUCGAGACGUCGACUCGCGUUUUGCCGGUUUUGGAGGAUUUAGUUUCGUUAAGAAUGUAUUUUUGUCAUCGCUUUCACGCUACUUCGUGCUCUCGCGACUCCUCAUUACCUUAGUUAGGCUCGAUUAAUUAAUUAACCCGCGAGAGUCGCGUUUAAGGAAAUCGAAGCUCUACGGGAGUGUUUUACUUUGUACUUUCAAUGUUUCCUAAGGUGAGCGAUCGCCGGUAGUACCGAGAUUCAUGUGCAUUUCCUGUAAAGGAACUAACACAAAAAAGGAAAGAAAAGAAAAUGAAGGAACGUUAGACAAGCGUUUCGACGACGCGCCGAAAUUGCCGACUGCGGAGUCGAUUAUCCAGUUCUUAUUUUGCAUUUUUUAUGUUGCCCUAGUCUCUUCAAUAAAUUGAAUCAAUGAUGAGUGAGUUUGGUCGAUCGAGGGUGAGUGCCCGAGGUGUUGCAAAAAAGUGCAGAAAUCGGUGACAGCGUAAUCGACCUCCGAGGAUUCUUUUAAUCCAGCCUUUGUUGCGGCGACUGAUGACGGAACCGAAUGACUAAGUUGAACGACGUGCGUUCGAUCGAAAGAAUCCGAUUUUAUCGCGAUGCUGCCAGAAAAUUAAUCGUUGCCCUCCUUGCCACUUUAAUAAGUAACAAUAACACUAGUGUUAAUAAAGAGUACCGGGCAUGGAAAUAUAAUUCGUCCCCGAGUCCCGAAGGACGAGAGAGUAAUUGCUUCUGCGCUCAAAAUAUCUGUACGGGAUUUUCUGCGAUAGCCAAGUCCAUUUUUCCUGGAUUUAAAUUGGCAGUGUUCUCUGUUUUUUAUUUUUAUUUUCCUUUCUCUCUCGAAUUUGUACAAGUGCAGCCGUUGGCAUAGUUUGCUGUAGAGUAACUUGGCUUUCGAAGUCACGCGAUCAAUUCCACCCAAGUCCAAUUAAGCGGUAUUGUACAGAUAGAGAGGUAUACCGUAGCCUUAAGCGUUUUUAUACAAAAUGAUAUUGUGAUGAGACUACCAAAAACCUGGUGAAUAAUGUAUUUUAAUUUAUAACCAAAUAGAUUUCGUUUCAGUAAAAGUGACGGCGAUGGAUCUGUAAAUUCUCGCCGACCUAUAGAUUCGCGCCAGGGAGAAGAGAACAACUAAAAUUAAUAACAAAUUCCUGUGUACGCUCGUGUUAACAUUUAUUUUCAAUCGAUAUUUAUAAAGAAGCACCCUGUUUAAAUUACAGUAUAAACACAGUCUAGGGAGUA